AUGAUCGGCAAACUGCCGGCAAGUGGCCGGGAGAAUAGUAAUAUAGGUAAUGACGAAUUUAAACGAGUGAAAAUAGGCGAGCCGUUCACGAGAUAUGCAUCUGGACUUAAUCAAGAGCUUUUAGAAAGAGGACGUCUAGAUUUCUUUAAAUACCGGGAUUCUGUGAAGGGGCAAUUGAGUCAAAUUCAGUUCGAGCUUAUUCAAUCAAAUGCUCUUACAAUUGACACAUUAAUGAGCACCACUGACACACUUCAUCCAAAGAACGCUGAGACCAAAUAUCUUUUAUUGAAAAGGAGAUUUUAUGUUGAUUCCGAGGGAAACGUUAGAGAUCAUAAACGUCGAGACAGCUUGUUAUGUGAUCCGGAUUUGAUUUACGAUCUCAUCAUAUGCAGUCAUCUAAAAAAUGACCAUUUAAGCUGGCGGAAACUGCAUCACUAUAUGAGACAUGAUUUCGCCAAUAUCACUAGAGCAUUUGUGCAGAUGUGCACUAGAUAUUGCUCCGGAUGUAAUCCGCAGGAGUUUGUUAAACCCUUCACGAAAUUUCGGCAUAACAAUAUCUAUAAGGGUUUGAUGCCUUUGGAGCGAGUGCAAGUCGAAAUUUUGACUCCUUUUGAAAGACCAAUUCAAAACAAGUUCCCUCAACUUCUGUUUUGCAGGGAUUACUACUCCCGUUUCAUUUGGUUACUUCCGCUAAAGGAUCAGAGCAAGUUGACCUCUGUGCUGGCCACAUAUCUGCUUUCUCUUCCUCGAAUGCCCAUGUUUUUGGAAACGGUCACAAUAGAUAGGCUUGUACUCUUUGAAACUUGUCAAGAGAUUGCUAGGCUUUACGAACUGUUCAUCGGAUUAGGUAGUUGCAAAUUUUCCACGUUCCAGCGCAACGGUAUCAAUCGAUUGACCGUCCUUCUGCAAAACAAUCAAGACGCUUGCAUCAAAGAUUGGAACAUGUGCCUUAAGAAGGCGGCGUCGGACAAUACGGCUUAUAAUCCAAGGAUACUAGGGAUUCCAAGCGACGUGUUUCACGAGGCAAUUCCAGACUAUGGAAAGGAGUUUGAGUACAAAAGAGAAACUGUAAUUGAUGAACUCUUUGCUAAAAAUGUAGCUGUAUUUGAAAGAGAUAGAAGGCGAUGUGGGAUGUUAUAUCUCGAAAGCGAUAACUUUGCUUCUUCAAUGGAGGACGAAGAGCUUAUAUCCACAGAACAACAUUUGAAUGAUCUUCUGGGUAAUGGUAAAGAUGGAAUUAGCAAUAAAAGCAAAAUGAAUGAUAGCUAUAAUCUAGCUUUGCAUGAAAGUAAAAAAAAUAGUCGAUUGCGGGAGCCGCAUCAGAAUUUUCAAAAAGGUGUCAGAAUCUCAAAAGAAGGCGAGGGUGAUAGAGAAGAUAAUUUAUACCCUAGUUGUGAGAUUUCGAUGCCCUCCACGUCCUACCUAAAGGAUCUUGGCAAUAAUCAAAAAGAGCCACCCGGUAUAUCGGAUGGUUCUCAGGAGCUUUAG